AUGUCAUGUGCAGGUGUCAAACCUCCCCAUUCAUUAUCGAACACGGAUAAUACUCCAAAGCCAGUGCCUAGCCGCUCGCAACCUAGUAUUGAUGGUAACUUUCGUGACCAGGGAGUUGGUUCAAAUACAGGUAUGAAAUCUAAAACUUGCGGAAUAGAUACUUUUCCUUCAUUAAAGGAUGGGAAAGUUACUAUGGGAAAUUCGACUGUACAAACUAUGGUCCCUGAUACGAAUUGCAAGACAGAUGGUUUUCAAGUGCAAACUAAGAGCGAAAAACCAAGCUUAGAUAUAUCGGUGAUUGAUUCGUUCUGUAUAGAUCGAACCCGAGAUAAACCGGUAACACAAACAAGAAUUGAAACCGUAUCUCAACAUUCAGUGAAACACAACUGUACUCUUUGCAGUUAUAGUGAUGGUUUUUCCCGUUGUUACUUUGUUGAAGAACGCUAUGGUGGUACUUAUUACCGUCCCGAUAUUUUUAGUCCGAUUUGUUAUUGUAAUUGUCAUCAUAGUAGCGCUAUUAGAGGUACCGCUACUAGAUAUACCGCUGAUGAUGACGAUUUAUACAAUUAG